AUGUCGCUGUCCAGAGGGUCGGCGUUGUGGAGGACGUGCUGCGGCUUGUUGCGGGGACACCCUCCUCCGUUCCCCGCUGCCGUCCGAGCGCAGAGCUCCGCGGACCGGGGCGUGUCGGCCCGGACCUCCCUGUCCAGCCCGCCGUGGCCGCAGCAGACGAGUCCGGUCUCGGGGGAGGAGGAGCGGGAGCGACACGCCGCGGUGGUGCGCGCCGUGAACCUGCGGAUCGAGCGGCAGGACUUCGGCCGCCUGUUCGCCGUGGUGCACUUCGCCGGCCGCCAGUGGAAGGUCACCGGCGAGGACCUGGUCCUGAUCGAGAACCGCGUCGAGGCCGGGUGCGGGGAGCGGAUCCGCGUGGAGAAGGUGCUGCUGGUCGGCGCCGAGGACUUCACCCUGGUGGGAAGGCCUCUGCUGGGGAGGGAGCUGGUCCGGGUCGAGGCCACCAUCAUCGAGAAGACCGAGUCCUGGCCCAAAGUGCACAUGGCGUUCUGGAAGAGGCACCGGUUCCAGCGCAAGAGGAUCAUCGUCCAGCCGCAGACGGUGCUGAGGAUCAACGGCAUCGAGCUGGCCCCCAGACUCGCAUGAUGAUGAAGAAGAAGAGGGGACGAUUUCUCACUGUUUGUUUCCACUUAGUAAAAAAAACUGUUCAUGACUUGUUUUAAACCUGCAUCGAGGUGAACGUGUGUCCAAAAACUGUAAAUAAACCUUCAUCUUUUGCAGAUA